GGUGGAAAUAUCAUCACCACUCUUGAGUCCACAAAAAGAUUUAGGAGCCUUUCCACUCGCCCUCUCAAAGUUAAAUUAUUCCAAACGCUAAACUACGAAAACAGAAACUUCACACCAUUCAAUUAUUUCCACAGUACCCUCAAGUAUGAACCUUUUUCCUUCCACAGUUCUACACAUUCCCAAAACCCAACCAAAUAAAUUCCUCCUCACCCCACCCUCCAUCUAAUCCCAAUUGAAAACCCCAGUUGCCAAGCCUAACCCACACACACCAACAACCAUGUCAUCCACAAAGUUUGUGCCACUACAAGCCACCAUUGUCAUGGUGCUGCUGCUUAUGUUGAUCCUUCUCACCACUUCCACUUCCACUUCCACUCCAACUUCAUCACCAUCCCACAAACUUUCAUACCCUCAUUUCCAGCAGCUGAACGUGAAAAAAGCCAUUGCAGAAACGAAACUGAAGCAUAAGCCAACCCAGAUACCCAAACAACCCCAACACUCGGAUGAACAACAAAAAGCCAACACUGAGAGUGAAGGAUCGGGAAAAUGGAAACUGAAGCUGCUUCACAGAGAUAAAAUCACCACCUUUAAGACUUUCCACGAUCAUCGCAGCCGUUUCAAUGCACGAAUGAAGAGAGAUGCCAAAAGGGUCUCCGACCUCAUCCGCCGCCUCACCGCCGGGGGCGCCGGAGCAACCAGCUACGAGGCAGAGGCAUUCGGGUCAGAUGUGGUUUCGGGUAUGGAGCAAGGGAGUGGAGAGUAUUUUGUCAGAAUAGGUGUUGGUAGCCCCCCAAGAAACCAAUUCGUGGUUAUUGACUCGGGUAGUGACAUUAUAUGGGUCCAAUGUCAACCCUGUACCCAAUGUUACCGCCAAUCCGACCCGGUUUUCAACCCGGCAGAUUCCACAUCUUACGCCGGCGUUUCUUGUGGCUCCACCGUCUGCAGCCGCCUGGAGAAUGCUGGCUGCCAUGAGGGGAGGUGCCGUUAUGAGGUUUCUUAUGGGGAUGGGUCCUACACCAAAGGGACACUUGCCCUUGAGACACUUACAUUCGGGCGAACCGUGAUCCGAAACGUGGCAAUCGGGUGCGGGCAUCGGAACCAGGGCAUGUUUGUCGGAGCAGCCGGGUUGUUGGGCCUUGGAGGUGGGUCCAUGUCUUUUGUUGGCCAAUUGGGUGGCCAAACUGGUGGUGCAUUUAGUUAUUGUUUAGUGAGUCGGGGCACCGAAUCAUCCGGGUCACUUGAAUUCGGACGAGAAGCAAUGCCCGUGGGCGCUGCAUGGGUUCCUCUGAUCCAUAACCCAGGGGCCCCGAGUUUUUACUAUGUCGGGCUUUCGGGUCUUGGAGUUGGGGGCAUAAGGGUACCCAUACCCGAAGAUGUUUUUAGGCUAACCGAAUUGGGUGGUGGAGGGGUUGUUAUGGAUACCGGCACCGCCGUGACAAGGCUUCCCACGGUGGCUUAUGAUGCAUUCCGGGAUGCUUUUAUUGCCCAAACCACAAACCUGCCCCGAGCAUCCGGAGUAUCCAUUUUUGACACCUGCUAUGACUUAUUCGGGUUUGUGACGGUUCGGGUCCCAACCGCAUCCUUCUAUUUCUCGGGUGGGCCUAUCCUGACCCUACCUGCUACAAACUUUUUAAUCCCAGUGGAUGAUGCGGGGACUUUCUGCUUUGCAUUUGCUCCUUCUCCUUCGGGGCUUUCCAUUAUUGGGAACAUCCAGCAAGAAGGGAUUGAAAUUUCAGUUGAUGGAGCUAAUGGGUUUGUGGGAUUUGGACCCAAUGUUUGUUAAGUGUUAUUAAGCAAGCAUGUAUAUGAACCAUCUGAAUUUUGCUAGUGUUAGUAUAGUAACGUCACAUAUUGUAUUAUAUAUAUUUACAUAUAAGACGCAUGUGGUCAUUAACUAUUGUAUUUAUAAGCU